AUGAGAAUGCUAAGAACCGUAUUGGUCUUGUGUUCUCUCCUUAGCACUGUUAUUUCCCAGAUCUGUCAAUGGUCAGACACACCUGAUACAUUAGUCUUUGGCGGAGUCGGUCAAAACAAUUAUAAUGACAUCAACUCGUGCAAGGCCGCCUGUUACGCAGCUCCCUCGGCUACAUGUGUGGCUAUCAACUUCGACCCAAACGGCUCUCCUAAAUGUUUCUUCUUCAACAAAACGACUGAUCUCAUUACGAACUCUGGAAAAAGCGGAAUUACUUGGUCAAUCUGUAAUAAAGUCUGCACGUGGAACGUGUACAAGAACAGUCAGAGGUUCGGAGGUAUAAGCUCUCCACUGGCAAAUUCCUUGGACGCCUGCAAAAAAGCUUGUCUCGACAACAGCAGUUGUCAGGCCGUUGAUUUUGCUCCAGGAAAUCAGCCAGGGACUCAGUGCUAUCUCUUCAUAACAGCCGACAUUUCAAUCAAUUACAAUGCAGUUGGUGUUGAUCAUUACGUUUGCUCAGUUCAAUGGACUUCUUACAAAGACAUGAAUGUGGCUGGAGGAACUCCGCAAUUAGCCCAACAAACAUUAACCGACUGCCAAAACUUCUGCAUAACACAAGUCUCAGGAUGUCAAUCAAUCGAUUUCAAUCCAAAUGACCCAACGUAUAAGUGCUGGACCUUCACACCUUAUAAUACUAAUGAAGCUAUGAAAUCUGCCCCUGGCAUCACCCAUUAUGUUUUCUCGACUGGAGUUACGGUGAUAAAUACUCAAGGCCAAGGGACGAACCAGGGUUCCUGUGUCUGGCAACCGUACGUCGGGGGGCAGAGUGGUGGGGGUACAUACCAGCAGCAGUUCACAACGUUAUCGGCCUGUCAGGCUGGCUGUGUUCCUAGUGCAGCUUGUUUGGCUUUUGAAUGGACUACCAGUGGUCAGUGUUGGUUUUUCAACAGCGCUGCCGCACCAACCCAAUAUGGGGUUCCUGGAAUUACCCAUUAUGUUUGGAACUGUCAAAUGACACAAGGAAACUUAUGUGCCUGGACGACCUACACUGGACAGUUUGCAUAUGGUGGAUACCUUGAUAACAACAUAAAAUCCUUAUCAGAAUGUCAGACAAAAUGUAGCCUUGAUGCUUCUUGUAAAGCUGUUGAAUGGGUGACAACUAAUAUUGGGUCUCAAUGUUUUCUUUUUAAUAGGCCUGAAGAUUCUAAACCUCCGAGUUAUUACAGUAGCAAUAUCGUUCACUAUACCAAGAGUUGCUAUGGAGCUUCUACUACCGCCAUUCCAAUGUCAACUUGUACCUGGCAACGCUACAAUGGACUUCAAUACUAUGGAGGUACCUAUCAAAAUAAUAUAGACAGCGAAGAUAAAUGUAAAGCCUUCUGUUUGUCAAGAUCCAGUUGUAAAGCCAUUGAAUUCGUUCCUAUCUACAGCCAAUGUUACACGUUCACUGUUUCGGAAAUCCCACAAAUCUCUAACCCUGAUAUCAAUCAUUCAAUCCUGAUCGGAUGUUCUGCUGGCUCAGCAACGACUGGCUGGACGGCGGGUAUGAGUUUCAGUGGAGUAAGCAACUCAGGUGGAAGUUGUCAGUGGAGCGCUUACUAUGGCUACCAAACGUUCGGUGGAGUGGAAGCUCCAAGCAGCAUAACAUCACUUCAAGAUUGUCAAAGUUACUGCCUGAACAGCCUGGUAGGAUGCAAGGCCGUAGAAUGGGUCACUGCUAACUUACAGGCAAAAUGUUACACCUUCAAUAGCGACAGCGUACCGACAAAGAGUGGUUUGUCUGGAAUUGAUCAUUACAUAUGCAACUCACCAUGUACGUGGACCCUCUACCAAAACUCAAUGAUGUACGGCGGGUCGUCUUACAUGGCAGCCACAACAUUAGACCAAUGCAAACAAGCUUGCAUCAACUCAAGCAACUGUCAGGCCAUUGAGUUCACUACCCGUGGAGAGUGUUACCUUUUCUCAUCUUCCCAAACUCCUCCCAUGACGAAUGUAACUGGCGUGAAUCACCACAUAUACAACUGCCACACUUCAACGCCUGCUGUCACGAUUACAAAUACCGUUUUUCCAACGAUUUCAGUUUGCCCAAACAACACCGUCCUGGAAAAUAGCAACACCAUCGGUGGCAUAAGAGUUAGUAAUGCAAACAAUGUAGACGAAUGUAGAAGCGCAUGCCUUGCAAAUGAUAAUAGAUGCACCUAUGGCUUUGAUUUCAAUCUCUAUGCCCCAUUCGGAUUUCAGUGCUGGGUUUCUACGAAUCCUUUCAUAAAUUUUGGGAAUAUUAAAAACGUGAAACAUUAUUAUUGCAAAUAAAAUCUCGUUUUGAAGUUUUGGGAGAGCUGGAACUUACUGAAAUGAUGACAACCUUAGAACAAAUUUGAAAAUUAAGGAAAACUAGAUCUAGUUCGGGAGUAGUGUCUGAAAUUUUAAAAAAAAAACUUUAACUAAUUUAUGAAAUGGUGAUGACGACUUUGAAAUAAGGACUAAUUUAAUGUAUACACUUAAUUUGGAAAAUAUUAACUAAAUUAAUGUAUAACCUAGAUUUGCGAAUAAAAAUCAAAUUAUUAAGUUGUGGUCUUACUAUGUUUAAUGUCUGAUAUUUUGAAAACGUUUUGUUGCAUUUUGAAAGAAUACAAAUGUAUUUUUUUUAAUUUCUGAAACUUUUUUUUUUAAUUUUCAAUCAAUUUCUACAACGAUUCUCAUUGCUGUGAGGUAUGUAUGUAUUGUUUUCUAUACUGGGAUUUCGAAAUUUCAAUCUAUAUUAUACAUGUAGUAUUUUUUAGACUCUAACAAUACAUCAAAUAAAUUUUUUAAUUUCGGA